AUGAUUGGAAAAGGAGUUGGUAUCGAAACAUCGAAGAUACAUACCGAGGAUGUUGCCACAAACGGAAGAGGAACUGGUAGCAGAUCGGUUGAAAUUUAUAAUGCGGAGAAUACUAUUGUAUUCAACACAAAAUAUCAUGGCUACUGGAUGCACGAGGAAAGAACAUCUAUGUCUUUCCACAGCGAACGAUACACUUUGGAAUUCAUUUGGAAUGAUGGCCACAUUCAGGUUCUUCUCAAUGGAAGGNAUACUAUUGUAUUCAACACAAAAUAUCAUGGCUACUGGAUGCACGAGGAAAGAACAUCUAUGUCUUUCCACAGCGAACGAGUCUACACUUUGGAAUUCAUUUCGAAUGAUGGCCACAUUCAGGUUCUUCUCAAUGGAAGGGUUCUUUACAAGUUCGCUCAACGUUUUCACAUUACUCCUCACAUUAACACUGUUGAAAUUGGUGGAGAUGUGCAUGUUCAUUCGGUCCAAUUCUUUUAG